CAGACACAGCUACACCCACACUCUCACUCUCACUCUCACAAGUCACAAACACACAGUAACCUCCUCCACACACACACCAACGACGACACGCUUCCCCGUCGUUCAAACUCAAAUCUUCCCUCAGACAAACCCCUCUUUCUCACUAAUCACACUAAUUAACACAUCGUAAUCUCUCGUUUACCCGCUAAUCACUCACACACAAAACACUUGCACUUAAAAAUCGUAUAGGAGAAAGUGCUCGCAUAGAUCUCGAUUCUCCGAUCUCGAUGCGGACACGGUCGGUAGUUGCUAUUCUGUUACUCUCCUCGUUAUUGCUGAUGCUCUCUCCAACGGCUUUCCCAAUGCCGUUGCAACCGUCCACCUUCUCGGCCAAGCUGAUUCACCGUUUCUCCCGAGAACUGAACCUAGUUCGCCACCGGUCCCGUUCGGUUCCGGACCGGCGAACCAUUCUCUAUUACCAGAUGCUUCUACAAAGUGAUAAGAUCAGGCUCGGCGCUCGCCAGCUCCUCUUUCCUUCUCGCGGUGCCAAAACGAUGGCACCCGGCAACGACUUCGGCUGGUUGCAUUACACUUGGAUUGAUAUAGGGACACCGAGUAUUUCGUUUUUAGUGGCAUUGGAUGCUGGUAGUGAUCUGUUAUGGGUUCCAUGUGAUUGCAUACAGUGCGCUCCCUUGUCUGCCAGUUACUAUGCCCCUCUGGAUAGAGAUCUGAAUGAGUAUAGUCCUUCUCGUUCAAGAUCCAGCAAGCCUCUGUCUUGCAGCCAUCAGUUAUGUGAUCCGGGUUCAAACUGUAAGAGUUCCAAGCAGCAGUGUCCAUACACAAUCAAUUACGUAUCAGAAAAUACAUCGAGUUCUGGAUUGUUGGUUGAGGACAUAUUGCAUCUUCAAUCAGGAGGUGGUGGUAGUGCUGGCGGAUCUAACACUUCUGUUCAGGCUUCGGUUGUUAUCGGGUGUGGUAUGAAGCAGAGUGGCGGGUAUUUAGAUGGGAUAGCUCCGGAUGGCCUCAUGGGUUUGGGACCUGGGGAGAGUUCAGUUCCAAGUAUUCUUGCAAAAUCAGGACUAAUCCAUGAUUCUUUUUCCUUAUGUUUUAAUUCUGAUGGUUCUGGUCGCAUGUUUUUUGGGGACCAGGGAUCAUCCAUCCAACAACAGUCUACUUCAUUCUUGCCAUUCGAUGGAAUAUAUUCAACCUACAUUAUUGGAGUGGAGACAUGUUGUAUUGGGAAUUCUUGUCUCAAAAUGACAAGUUUUAAAGCACAGGUUGAUAGUGGAACAUCAUUUACAUUUCUUCCUGGGCAUGUGUAUGAAUCCAUAGCAGAGGAGUUUGAUAAAAAGCUAAAUGCCUCAAGAGCUACCUUCAAAGAUACUCCCUGGGAGUAUUGUUAUGCUUCUAGUUCACAAGACUUGCCAAAGAUUCCCACCUUAACACUCAUGUUCCAGCAGAAUAACAGCUUUGUGGUCUAUAAUCCUGUGUUUGUAUUCAAUGUCGAUCAGAAAACAACUGCAUUUUGUUUAGCCAUAGAGCCAGCUGAAGGGGAUAUGGGAACAAUAGGACAGAACUUCAUGACGGGAUAUCGGUUGGUAUUUGAUCAAGAAAACAAGAAGUUAGCAUGGUCACGGUCAAAUUGUAAGGAUCUCAAUCUAGGUAAGGCAAUGCCCCUUUCGCCUCCAAACGAGACAGCCUCGAACCCAUUACCGGCAGAUGAGCAGCAGAGAACUAAGGGGAAUGCGGUUGCCCCAGCUGUUGCCGGAACAGCUCCUCGCAAACCUUCUGGUGCUACGUCUUUGACGAUUUCAUGCCGGCAUCAUUGGCACUGUUAUUUGUUUCUUCUAUUCCAACUUCUAGUAGCCUUCUUAUGAGACCUUCACUUUCUAAUGUAUUUUCAUAUGUAGCAUGUCUAGUGUCUAGAUAGCUUUACAUGUAUAUGUAUAUCCAAAUCUGUUAACAUUUUAUCCUCCUAGCUUUGUAAGUAAGUUAGAUCUCACGCCAUAUAAUGCUGUUAGUUUUCAACAUUACCAGCAUUUAAUUCCUUGCGGCUUGUAAUGGACCAUUUUUUUUUCCUGUUAACCCCCACUGUUCUUGGGGCGAGGUUAUGUAAAUUUAAUUUGCUUCUUGUCCGAAAGAGUAAAGAGUAAAGAGUAAAGACCAGCCUAUUUACAUUCAA